UUGAUCAUAUGACGAAUAUCCAGAUUGCAAGGCUGACGUUAGUCACAUAAAAGGUUGAUUUACUUGUAACAAAGUUUUGAUUGAGGAGGUCGACAAUAUGAAUCUUCUUUAUGUUUCUUUGUUUUUAGCUGCUGUCUGUCUGUCAGACGCACUGAUUAGAGUGCCUCUACACAAGUUUAAAUCAGUACGUCGGACUCUAGAAGAUUUGAAAGUUAACAUAAAAAAUCUGGAGAGAAAGUAUGAGUAUAAAAAUGCUGGUGUUGUUAAUAUGAAAAUUGGUGGACCCGAUCCAGAACCUCUCUCAAAUUAUCUUGAUGCUCAAUACUAUGGUGUUAUUGGUAUUGGAACUCCUCAACAGAGCUUUAAAGUGGUUUUUGACACCGGGUCAUCAAACUUAUGGGUUCCAUCCAAAAAAUGUCACAUUACAGACAUUGCAUGUUUAUUACAUAAUAAAUAUGAUAGCACCAAGUCAACGUCCUAUCGGGCUAAUGGUACCACAUUUGAAAUCCAGUAUGGUACAGGAUCUUUGAAAGGUUUCCUCAGUACUGAUUAUGUUACAAUAGGAGAUUUAACCGUGAAGAACCAGACUUUCGCUGAAGCAACAUCUCAACCUGGCAUAACUUUUGUUGCCGCUAAAUUUGACGGUAUUCUUGGUCUCGGUUAUGAUACGAUAUCGGUUGAUCGUGUUGUUCCAGUGUUUUAUAAUAUGGUUCAACAAAAACUUGUGGAGGCACCUGUAUUCUCCUUUUACUUGGACAGAAAUCCAGCAGGUAAAGAAGGAGGUGAAUUGAUAUUUGGUGGAAGUGAUCCUAAACAUUACAACGGUAGUUUUACUUAUCUCCCUGUUACAAAACAAGGCUAUUGGCAGUUCAAAAUGGACGGAAUUAUGAUUGAUGGUAAAACUUCAUCAUUCUGUAGUGGAGGAUGUUCUGCCAUCGCUGAUACAGGAACUUCUCUACUUGCUGGACCAUCAGCGGAAGUGACGAAACUACAGGCAGCCAUUGGAGCCACACCAUUGGCGAAGGGAGAGUAUAUGAUUGACUGCAGUAAGAUUCCAUCAUUACCUCCAGUGACAUUUAUGUUAGGAGGGAAACCUUUCACACUACAGGGAAGAGAUUACGUUCUCAGGAUUACCCAGUCUGGAACUACCAUCUGUUUAAGUGGAUUUAUUGGACUGGAUGUUCCAGCACCUCUUGGCCCACUCUGGAUUCUCGGUGAUGUCUUUUUGGGAAGAUUUUAUUCAGAAUUUGAUCUCGGCAACAACAGAGUUGGAUUGGCUAAUUCACUCAAUUAAAUCAAAUAAUAAUAAGGUUACAAUUAGUAUAGAAGGUCUAUUUCUUGACAAAUACUGAUUUUUCAUUGGCUGAUAUAUGAAACCCUAGUAUAGUAUGGUUCUUAGCCAAUAAAAAAAAAGUUAAUAUUUUCGGGAAAUAAGCUCAUGGGUUUUAUCUUCUACAACCAUAUCUUCCCAUGUUUGUAUAUUUAAAUAUAUUUUUAUGGGUACUUCGUGUUAUUCGUGUUUGAUGAAAUCCUGCAUGGUUGUUCUCGAUACUGAAACCAUUGCACUGAUUGUAUCUUAUGAAGUAUUAUUUUAAGAACUCUAGCCCAAAUUGGUCCGGUUCCUGGAAAAAUAUCAGUAGUCCAUUUUAUGUGGAUUAUAUCUCCAUUGACUUUAAUUUCAGAUGAUUUAAAGGGGAAUUGUUUUGACAGAGAUAUCCGCUUCUUAUGUAAAAAAAUCUUUAAAAAAAUAUUGAACCUAAAUCGUACUGGAUUCAAUUUUUUUCUAAGAACCGGAUCAUGACGGAUUAUCUAUUGAUACACAGAACAUAAUUCUUUGGAAAACAAUUACUGUACUACAAAGUUAUGUUUCAACUAGGAUUCUCAAGCAAUGCAAUGAUAAAAUAUCAAGACGCUUGUCUACAUCAUUUACUGUUUAUUACGGAGCAAAAUGUCAACGUUGCUCGAUUAAUCCAGAGAAUUGUAGUCAAAUUAUCGCUUAGUAAUCAACAGGAACUGUAUUCCAUAGAACUUUGUCUAUGUAUUUCUAACUCAAUUGCUUAAUGCCAUUGAAACAAUUGUUGAGGCUUCUAAUUUGUUGAAAUAUGCAGUUUAUGCCCUUAUGAUUUAAAUGAAUGUUUGAAAUAUUGUAAAUAGGAUGGGUUGAAUAUAGAUUUGUAUAUUUUGAAAUGAAAAUAAAGGUUUACAUUUGGUAAUUGCAUCGAAAAUUGGUUUAUACUAAAAUUUGUAAGUGUUUUUGUUGUGCUUUGUAGUCAUUUAGGUAAAUUGAAAAUUACUUUUUUUUUUAUGAGUAAAACUUUCUACACCAAUGUGUACUUAUUAUUAUUUCUAUACAUCUUGUCACAUGCCUUGUUUUAUAACAAUCAGUUGAGUGUUCUUUUCACAUGACUUAUUUAUAGAAAGGAAUAGAUUUUCUAUUUUCAUCAAUUUUAGUCUAGUGAAUAGUUUCGAAAAGGUUGUAUAGAAAAAAAAUUACAAUUACGAUGCCAGUGUUGGGCAUGAUUUUCUUUAUAACUCGCUGCAUGGCAUAUGCUAAUCUUCAUUACUCCAGCUGGUGCAGAGACUGAAGAAGGUCAUUUUAUUUUCUAAGGUUUUCUUGUCCAAAGCUGGUAAUUCCCCAACAACACAAGAUAUUAAAUGUAGUCAACAUUCCUUGUUAUAAUACAUUUCACAUACAUACAUAAUCAGUAUCCUUGUUUAAAUUAUUUAAUUUAAAGAUUUAAAUUAAAAUAUCUUAGGCAACACAAAUAAAAUAACUUGUUUCUCGGGCACCGCCCGCACGCAAAAUUGGUUGCGCGUGCAGUCUAUUUAUUAGUCUUGAUGAAAAAAAAUAAAUAUGUAACGCCCGCCCGCACAUCGACAAGCAAGUCGUAAAAAAAAUAUCCCGCAUGUACCUACAUCCGCCAUACAUGUAUAUCUAUUCAAAUGUAUUAAAACUGAUUCAGAUGAACAUGCUGUCUUUUUUAUCCGAACAAUGGCGAAGUUUGGUAGAUUUGCCUUUUUUAUUGAUAUCGAAAGAACCUCCAUUUUGUAUCACGUGAUAUUAAUUACCUCCCCUGAUAAACUAGAAUUUGAUUCGUGUUAAAAGUCAUUGGCGACAAUAUUUCAAUCAUUCGAUCGUAAUCGGCUCAUUAUUGCCGGCUUCAGUCGGUCCUUGUUUGGAAAAUCCUAUUGAUAAAAUAAUGAACCGUAGAACAGGUUAAUUAAUUAUAGCUAAGAAUACGAUACGAUGACGAUAGUCGUCAUAAUGCAUACCUUAGAAUCUGGGUCAUUAUUAGCACAUUUACGGUAGUUUCGAUAAUCCGGAAAAUAAUAAUUGGAUUACCGAUUUGAUGGUUUUACUGACCAGUUGUUAGUUAGAUUUAAAUAGUCAUUCAAUAUAAACACCGGAUAGAACACCGAAUAUCCUGAGAAACACACCGAAUAUCCCAAGAAACAGUAUUUCCGGCAAUCUCCAAUACCGAUGACACGGUGUGACAAUCAUUGGUUGGAAUUCGGUAAAUAAUUAUAAAUAAACCGGCGAUACUAGAUUUAGUUUUAAAUACUGUUUACCAUGAUUAUUAUUUUUGAUACACCUGGUGAAAGAGGCUUAGUUUUUAAAAAUAUUGUUGUCUUUAUGGAGGGCUAUUACAUAGUCGUAUGGAAUUUUAUUUUAAACCAAUUUCAAUUAUGUGAAUUAAAUAUGGAAAAUUAUUUUCCUUUCAGUCAGUGUUCAGUCUCAGUGUUUUAGUAGACUUGAUAUGUUUUAAGUAUGUACAAUAAAGUUGAAUAUAACGGAAAGCAAAAACGUAAACAAGUAAUGACUUUCUCAUUUAAAAAAAAAAAAAAAAGAAAGACCGCCCUCCCGCCCCAACAAUUUUCAGCAAUAGCCAAAUUUUAUUUUGCACCAUCAAUGAGUAAAAAAAAAAAAGAAACCGCCCUCCCUCCCUACAGUUUCAGCUGUCAGUUGCCCGAGAAACAAGACAUUUAUUUUGUGUGGCCUUAGGACCCUUAUUUGUUUUGUUUUCGUAGUGAACUAUAGCUUAUUUGGUUAAUAAAUUUUAAAAAUAUU